AUGCUGCUUAAUGAAGAAGGACUGGAUAUAAAUAACUUAUGUAAAGAUGGCUAUACUGCCUUGUAUUCUGUGCUGCCAAUGGACAUACAGACUGUGUAAAGUUGCUGCUGAUGUCAGGAGCUCAAGUAGACGCUACUGUUUCAAAUGGCUUUACAGCCUUAUGUGCAGCAGCUGCUCAGGGACAUGCAAAGUGUGCAGAAAUGUUGCUUGCAUACAAUGCUGAUAUUAAUUAUGCUGAUGGAGGAAAAUCCCCUUUAUACCUGGCUAGUACAAAUGGACAUUUUGAAUUAGUUAAACUUUUGCUGGACUCUGAAGCUGAUCGGAGUAUUGAAACCAAUAAUGGUUGGACACCAGUUCAUGCUGCUGCAGAUUCUGGAAACAGCGACUGUCUGAAACUUCUAAUGUAUUAUGCAAGUCACUUUGAUACCAGUGAAGAGAUUGAUCUGAAGAACAAUGACAGCUGUAACCCCAGACCUGUUAUUUCUGCAACUAUUCUCAAUAGUACAGACAGUGAAGGAUGGACAGCCGCUCAUAUAGCUGCAUCAAGAGGAUUCAAGGAUUGCUUAGAAAUCCUGUGUAGUCACUCUGGGUUGGAGCCAGAAAAACAAGACAAGUGUAACAGGACAGUUCAUGAUGUAGCUACAGAUGACUGCAAACAGCUCCUGGAGAAUUUGAAUUCCCUUAGGAUUCCUAUUAGAAUUUCUCUUGAUGAUAAUGUUCGGAUAUACCACAGUGCAAGUGAUUUUGAAAGCGAAGACAUCUGCUACCUUCGCAUCCAUAAACAUACAACCUGGGAUGAUUUCUCUGCAGCUGUGAGUCAGGCUGUACUGAACCACUUCAGCACUAUUAUGUCUGAUGGAUGGGAGAGCCAAGAAGACUUGACAUUUAAUAACACUGCUGAAUCCAACCUUGGCCUUGGUGCAAUCACUGACUUGUCAUUCAGGCUAGGGAACACAUCCUGGUCACUAGGGCAGAUUUUCCUGCAGACACCAUGGGAAUUUCUGAAAAUGAGUAAAGGGGAUCAGCUAUCUGUUUUUAUGCCAGGUCCAAAGCAUGGAAGUCUUAAAAGUGUGACUUAUGCCUCAAUGAUUCCGCUACAGACAUGGCAAAACUUCCUUCGCUUGGUCGAGCAAUAUCACAAUGUGAUCUUCCAAGGUCCAGAAGGGAGCCUACAAGAAUAUAUAGUGGACCAGCUUUCAUGCUGCAUCAAGAACAAGGAAGAGGGUACUGGAUUUAGUUGUGAUGUGGUAAAGGUUGAAGUAGAUUCUGGAUUAUCUAAGGAGCAACUAGUAGAUAUUUUUAUUAAUUCAGGCUGUUUAAUUCCUGUUACUGAUCCACCUCCUUGCAAAAAGAAAACCAUCAUCGUUCUGGAAAAAUUAGAGAAUGUCUCAUUAUUGGAAUUGCUUGGGGAUUUGAUGUCUCCAUUAGAAAAUCGUGGGUCUGAGAAUCCAUACUGUGUUCACAGAGCCAAUGGACUAUCUGAUGCCUACUACUUCCAUGAAGAUUGCUUUUUGAUGGGAACAGUCGCAAGGCCUCGCCUUCAAGGACCUGAAUUAUUGGCACAACAGCAUUUCCGAUGGGUUCAACUUAGAUGGGAUGGAGAGCCUAUGCAUAGUUUACUCCACAAAGUUUUGAAAAGAAGAGUUGUACAUAAGUUUAAAGGUAAACUGCCUCCAUCCAGUGACCCCGUUUGUCAAGGUGUAGAUUGGAUAUGCGCAGUAUGGCAUCAGCUAAACUCCUGCUUGUCUCGUUUGGGUACGCCAGAGGCACUUUUUGGACCACAGUCAUUUAUGUCUUGUCCAAUAGUGUCUGGAAAUUCACAGAUAAUGGUGAAGUGGAUGUCAAAAUUGUGGAAUGCAGUAAUUGUGCCAAAAGUCGAAGAAGCAAUUCUUUCCCUGGCAACAGUCAAGAGGUCCUCCAUUCUGGGCCAUGUUGCUCCUACUAAAACCCCAAGCCAAGGGCAGCAAGCAGUUGUAAGAGCAGCCCUCAGUAUUCUGCUCAAUAAAGCUAUUCUGCAUGGCUGCCAUCUUCCAAAAAAUGAUGUAGAACAAUAUUUAGCAGAUUUUAAAGGAGGGCAUUUUUCUUUAUCCAUGAGUUCUGCUUACAAGCCUGGAGGAAAGAAGAAGGGGGAGAAUGGAGCUUGGAGGAAAGUCAGUACAAGUCCUCGCAAAAAGUCCAAUCUGAACUCCUCAUGGAGCAAAGAGGAAACUGGACAAGAAGGUGACAUUUCAAAGAAUGACCUGAAGACAGGAGUCAGUUCUUCACUAACCAAGAAAAAAUCUCUGGAAGCUGUUCAUCCAAAGUCUCUCCACAUGGAACAGAGACUGUCAGCUGGUUCAGAUGAUGAGAUGGACCUUGUGAAAGAAUUACGAGCAAUGUGUUCCAGCAAGUCAGAACCAGACAUUACCAAGAUUGCAGACUUGGAUAAUUGCCUGGUGAUCUUUAAGAGCCCUCCGAAUGACCAGAAUUCAGCAAACGGUAAAAAACAGAACUCUCAAAAGCCACGUAAAAAUGGGGCUUGUCCUCUCACAGCAGCCAGAUGUCACAGUUUAGCGAUCAGAAGCCAAAACCAGAACAGAGUUCCUCGAAAGUCAAAUCUUUACUUCCGAUACCGAAAAGUCAUCGAAAAAGCAGCAGUAAUACAAGGCAGAUAGCUAUUUCUAAAGACUCUAAAGAGGAAUUAUGGAGCUUGCACAAUAAUAAAGCUAACAAAUAG